AUGGCUUCUUCCAAUGUUGAAAUCAACGACGCAACUCAACAUUUUAUUCUCGGAGAUGUAGCUGACUUACCAACAGAGACACUUCCUACUAAGAAAGAAGUUCUACUGUCGUAUUUAUAUAUAAGGAAUCAAAUUAAACUGACAAAUAACCGCCUUCUUUUGGUAAAGAAGGACAAAAUGGAAAUAUUGGAUAGAUUGGCUUACAAGGUAGUUUCCUUAUGGAAUCGUGCUUCCAUUCCAUGUCUAUCUUUGAAGAAUGUGAAGAGAAAGAUUUUAACAACAGUUGCUGCAUUAGGCUCGUUUAGUAAGAUUAACGCAAGUCAAAGACUCAAUACGCUACUAAUAGCAUCCAAGAAGCAAUCCUAUGACAGAUUAUUCGAUAUAUGCCGAUGUAAAUGUUUGAAGAAAUCUUUCAAGAAGGAAAUUGAUCCAUUACUGUUCCGAGAUGUUGGCUGCCGGUGUAGUAUAAAUUUGCAGCCGUCCAAGUGGGAAUUUUACAUCGACCAAUGUACAAUCAGGAAGAUGAUUAUUGAAUCGAAGGAUGCGGGAGAAAUGAUUCCAAUGCAGCAAAUCUAUGAUGAGAAGAAGAUAAAGUGGAAAAAGAAAAUAAUUGCUACCGCUACUGACUCAGAGCAUAAUCGAGAGAGUUCAAAAACCGAAUCUCCAAGCUCUGAAUCUGAUGUCACGUACUGCAGCAGAUGCAACAAAGUAACUCGAUCGCGAAUAAAAUGUAACAAGCUCUUGAAAUAUCCUCGAUUAGCGGCUGCUCUUUAUCGGUUUGACAUAUCGCCGCAUGUAGCUUCUGUA